UUCGGAGCUCAGUGUUUUUAAUUUUUUUACUAUGACCAUAAGGAUUGCGAGGAGAAAUAUGUUUUUCAUACACGCCCCCGAGGAGGAGAAGUGCAUGGAGGCGCAGCUGGACAUCCUGAUGAAGAUAAACUCUGGGGAAUAUCGGCUGGUGAAGAAGAACAAGCGCAGUUCCGUUUGGAACGUCUACCGGGAAAUCGCUCGUCCGGACGGCACCAAGUUGAAAUGGCGAUACUUCUGCAUGGGCUGCAAGCGUGUAAUGCAGAGCACCGGCGGCACCACCUCCAAUUUGCGCAUCCACAAGUGCCACGUGCGGUAUAUCAAGCAGAAUGGCCAUCUCACCGACGGCAGUCACUCCUACGGGCAUGACCCCGCGCCACCAGCUAGCCAACAGUCGCAGCGCGUCCAGAAAACGAAGACCAUGCGACCGACAUCCUAUGCUACGGGGUGUGAGCAGUUCUAUGAGGUCACCCAGUACAGCGAUCUGGAGGAUGAGAUUGAGGGUUCUUUGGAGGAGGAGCAGACUAUUAUCCUGCAGCUGAAAUCGAAACGUGAACUGGAAUCCUCCCACUCCAGACCCCUGCUGAAGCUCUUUUCCGAGGAGAACUUGUCGAUUGAGCCAGAGGAGCGGGAUGACGAGAUAACGAUUGUGGAGGCGGAAGAUCAUCAGGUGCCCAUCGAGCUGGACCUAUGUGACAUCCAGCAUACUUCCUCCGAUGCUAGCGAAGAGGCAAUCGAGCCCAAGUCUACGGAAAGUGUCGUAAAGUUCGAUGACAGUGCCAUUUCCGAAGCGGAAUCCUAUGCCAAGGCCUGGGCUCACGCCUUCCUGCGGCUGAACGAGGACCAAAAGUUCUACGCCAAGCGCUCCAUAGAUGAGCUUCUGGUUUUGGGCCGUCUGCAGCGACUGAGCAUUUCCACGGUCACAUCCUUGACCACAAACCUGUAACAUGUAGCUCCUCACCAUGCCAAUACCAUAUAUUGAAAUUAGCUUAAGAAUUUAGUUUAUAUUGCAGUCUCGAUGAUUUACUCACUUAACGUAGAUCCCCAGUAAGUAAUUAAUAUAAAUAUUAAAAUAAAUAUAUAAAAUAAUAUAUUCGAUA